AUGGAUCAAACCCUAAAGCAAAUUCUUGCUCAACAACAAGAAACAUUGCAGCGGCAGCAAAUUCAAAUGGAACAACAGCAAAGGCUAAUGGAACACUUAGUAUCAAUGUCUAGAAGUGCUUCAGCCACAUCAGAUGCUCCGUCAACAAGCUCUGAUACCGUAAUGGGUAUGUUGUCCAAAAAUAUAAAGGAAUUUGCCUAUAAUGCUGAUUCUAACCAAACUUUUGAGGCUUGGUACUCUCGUUAUGAACAUCUUUUCGGUGAAGAUGCCGACAAAUUAGAUGAUGCCGAAAAAGUGAGGUUAGUUUUGCGAAAAUUAGAACCUGAUGUUUUCGACAAGUAUGCCGACUAUAUUUUGCCUAAAGUGCCUCGUGAUUUGGAUUUCAGAGAGACAGUUUCUACAUUGAAAACUAUUUUUGGAAGAAAAGAGUCUCUUUUUAGUGCACGAAUAAAUUGUCUUCAAUUUACUAAAAGUUGUGGUAUCGACUUUGUUACAUAUGGUGCUAUGGUAAAUCGUAAUUGCGAUAAUUUUGAGUUUGGCAAACUAAAGGAAAACCAUUUUAAGUGUCUGAUGUUUCUUCGUGGCUUGCAAAGCGCAGAAGACACCGAUAUCAGAGCGCGCCUUUUGAACCUUUUGGAGGGAGACACAGAGGGAGCAUACACAAUUGACAAAAUGGUUACCGAAGUACAUAGGGUACUAAGUCUAAAAAAAGAUGCCGCCAUUGUUGAACAAAAAGUACAUGCCGUAAAAUCAAAAGAGCACAAAGGUAAAUUAAGAGAAAAGCACAAUCCAAGUGAAAAACCGAAAAGGCCUUGUUGGCAGUGUGGCGCGAUGCACUUCGUUAAAAAUUGCACAUACACUAAGCACUUGUGUGAACAAUGCGGAGUAAUCGGCCACAAAGAGGGAUAUUGUUCAAGUUUCUCUUCACAACGCACACAACAAAACGACAAGAAAUAUAAAAAAAAUAAUGCAAAAUUUAAAGCGAAUUUACAUGCCGUAAACAGCGUCGCUGCAAACAGAAAACACAUCAACGUUAAAAUUAACGGCGUAAAACAACGUUUGCAGUUUGAUACUGGCGCAGACAUCACAAUAAUAUCAAAAACUAUGUGGUCGAAAAUAAACAAACCUAACCUCACACAACCAUCUCAAACACCAAGAGACGCAUCAGGUAAUGUUCUCAAGCUAAUUGGACAGUGUAAAGCAGAGGUAAUGUUUAAAGAAAAGCUAAUAAUAGCAACACUUUUCGUGACAAGCCUCAACCAUUUGAAUAUUAUGGGUGCAGAUGUAAUGGACCAACUUGGUAUUUGGAGUUAUCCAAUCGAAUCAAUUUGCAACAACAUCAGUGUUUCGGAAGUGCAGGAAAUCAAAAAUAAAUUUCCGAAAGUUUUCGCCAUGCAGCCCGGACAUUGUUCUACUUUCAAAGUAAAUUUAAAAGUGAAGGUCGAUGCCAAACCAGUAUUUAAACCAAAACGACCGGUGGCUUAUGCAGCAGUCCAACAAGUAGAUGAUGAACUUCAACGACUGGAACAGGCCAAUAUCAUUACACCUGUAAAUUACUCCAGAUGGGCUGCACCUAUUGUUGUUGUUAAAAGGGCUAACGGGAAAGUUCGAUUAUGCGGUGAUUAUUCUACCGGUUUAAACGAAUGCAUGGAAAUACACACCUAUCCACUUCCAUUGCCUGAUGAUAUUUUUGUUAACUUCAACAACUGCAAAAUCUUCACAAGGAUAGAUUUAACUGACGCAUACAUGCAAAUUGAGGUAGACGAUUCUACAAAAGAGAUGCUCACCAUCAAUACACACAGAGGUCUUUUUACAUUCAACCGACUUGCACCUGGGGUCAAGUCCGCUCCUGGCGCGUUUCAACAGGCAAUUGAUACAAUUCUAUCUGGUGUUCAAUAUGCCUAUCCGUAUCUCGAUGACGUCAUCAUAGCAACGCCGUCAAUGGAACAAAAUAAAAAAGCAGUCUAUGAAGUGUUUUCACGUUUUGAAAGGUAUAAUUUGACUGUAAAUUUUGAUAAAUGUAGUUUUUUUUCUCGUAGCUGCACCUACCUUGGAUAUAAAGUCGAUGGGACCGGCAUCAAACCUGAUCCAGGUAAAAUUUCAUCCAUUUUAAAAAUGCCAGCUCCAACAAAUAUCACAGAGCUGCGGUCAUUUUUGGGUGCAGUGAACUACUAUGGCAAAUUUAUUCGCAAAAUGCGACAGUUAAGAGCACCAUUAGACGAACUUUUAAAACGUGAUUCUGAAUGGAAAUGGACUAAGCCUUGUGAUGAAGCUUUUCAACAGUUUAAGGAGAUUUUGUCUUCUGACCUUAUGCUUACACACUACAAUCCAAGUCUUCCAAUUAAGGUGGCUGCAGAUGCCUCCAAUGUGGGCAUUGGUGCUUACAUUUGCCACGAAUUCCCUGAUGGUACUGAGAAAGCUGUAUACCACGUUGCGAGGUCAUUGACACCGGCAGAGCGCAACUAUUCACAAAUUGAAAAAGAAGGUUUGGCACUCGUAUUUGCAGUAAAAAAAUUCCAUAAAAUGCUGUAUGGCCGUCGUUUUAAGCUGGAAACCGAUCAUAAGCCUCUAUUGGCUAUUUUUGGCAGUAAGAAAGGUAUAGCAACACACACAGCUAGCCGGUUACAGCGCUGGGCUUUAACUUUAAUGUCAUAUGAUUUUGAUUUAAGUUACGUCCCCACACAACAAUUUGGUUGCGCAGAUGUUUUGUCGCGACUCAUAAACAAUAAACAAAAACUCGAAGAAGACGUAAUAAUUGCUUGUGCAACACUGGAAGCAGAAGUGAAAUAUUUGGUUCAAAAUAACAUCGAUGUUUUACCCAUAACAUACAAUAUGGUACGCUCAGCCACUCAAAAAGAUGAAACAAUACAAAACGUAAUAAAAUACAUCAAAAGUUCUUGGCCGCACGCAAAGUCUGAAGAAGAGAUGCUAUUUUUUUUCCGUAAAGAUGGAUUAUGCGUUAUUGAUGAUUGUCUUCUCUAUCAACAUAGAAUUGUGGUUCCAAAAAGUCUACGCCAACGUGUACUUAAUCAGUUACACAAAGGUCACCAAGGUAUAGUUCGUACGAAAGCUCUAGCCCGAAGCUAUGUCUAUUGGCCAAACAUAGACAAAGAUGUGGAAAUGUUAGUACGUCAAUGCACAGCCUGUGCAUCCACAGCAAAAGCUCCACCAAGAGCAAAUCUUCAUCCCUGGCCUACUGCACAAAGGCCAAUGCAACGUAUACACAUUGAUCUGGCAGGUCCUGUGGAGCAGAAGACGUAUUUAUUGGUGGUGGAUUCGUUUUCCAAAUGGCCGGAAGUUUACCCUCUGAAAUCGAUGACGUCAGCAGCAGUUAUCGAUUGUCUUAACGAUUUUUUCUCACAUUUCGGAUGGCCUGAAACAUUGGUGAGUGACAAUGGAACACAAUUUACCUCACAAGAAUUUUUGGAUUUCUGCAGGGUACGUGGUAUUGAACACUUACGUACUGCUCCAUUCCACCCACAAUCUAAUGGACAAGUGGAACGUUUUGUGGACACUUUUAAGCGGGCGCUUAAGAAACAAAGUUCAUCAAAUUUAAUUAAUGGAAUCCGUGAUUUUUUACACGCCUAUCGUGCUACAAACAACGAUAAUGCAUUCCAAAGCAAAUCACCAUCGGAACUUUUUUUGGGGAGGAAGGUAAGAAUCAACAUGGAUUUGAUUCUAAAACCAAAACAAGUUUCUAGUCAUUACAAUGACAAAAUGGCAUUGCAAUAUAAUCGUAAAUACAAUGCUAAAGAUCGCCAAUUUAACGUUGGAAGUGAAGUUUAUGCCAAAGUAUACAAACUGAAUAAAUACUUUUGGGCUCCUGGAAUUAUUAAAAAUCGUAUUGGAAACGUUAAUUAUGAAGUGGAGAUUGUUACCUUCCCAUAUUUUAAAUCGAUGAAGUUGCACGCAAAUCAAUUGCGUUUACGUCACAGCAAUUCAACAAGUAUUAAUUCGUUUUUAGAUGUUUUUGAUCUCAGUGCACCCAAUAAAAAUACAUCAAGCUCGAAUAGUGAACGUACACCUACUUCAGAAAAUAUAACCCUGGCCCCUGGUCGUUACUCUGCUUCACCAGUUACAACAUCUGAGCAACGCCCUUCAUCAGCAAUGACACAGGAUAUGACAGCAUAUGUGCCACAAGCAACUGAAGAAGUAAACAAUCAGGAAAUAGUUCUUCCUGAACAUUCUGACCAAGCACUUCGUCGAUCGCAUCGCAAUAGACGGGAGCCGAAUUGGUUUAGAGAUUUUACAACUUAA